UUUAAGCUUUUCUGCGUUUAUCGAAAUAGCUGCCAUGUGGAAAACUGGAAACAAUAGGCUACUGCUAAUCAAGCAUUGCAUUAUAUGUGUAAAUGUUAGGUUUGAUAAAUUUAGGCAGAGUUAUUUGUAGCUUGGAGCUCCGCCUCACUGUACAAAGUUCCUUCGUGUUUUAAGUCCCAAAUGGCUGAAGCUAGGCGAGAUGAGGAGGAGGAGCCGAGAGAGUUCAGGGAACUCGCAGUUUUGCGGAACCGAAGAGGACAGUCAAACCCAACAACAGAUCGCUCAGAGAGGAACAAGCCAGAACGCCGUCUCAGUCAAGGAGCUUUGUCCUCUAUACGAGCUGCCAUCAAAAGAACAACGUCGACGAGAAACAGCUCUCAAGGUGAUCACACUCGGGAUCGAAGACGUCCAGAGAUAACCAUCCUAUCAGCUGAGCCCUUAGCAGCAAACGCCUGGUUCCCAGGAGCUUCUGGGGGAUUUCCGUCAGCCCCACCUCCUGCUCAGCCAAUCUGGGGUGGGAACAUACCAGCAUCUCCCCAGCCCCCACCAUCGUAUGACCAGGUGAUCAAAGAGAAGACCCAGGAGCAGGUUCCUCCACUGGUCGCCACCCGACGACAGUCCACCACCAUUGCUACGCAGACAGACUUCCUGCUAGACUCUGGCCCAGAAUGCAGUGCCACUCCACAGCCCACUGAAAGAAGAGGAUCUGCUGCAAGAAGACCCCUUAAGCCACCAAGGCCAACUCUACCUAAACCCAAGCCAGAGGCAGACGACACCGUUGUCCUUGCAGACCAGGCUUGUAUAAUCCCGGAGGCCCCACCUGUCGCCCCGACUGAUCCAUCCUCCACAACCAGCCAGCAGGCAGCCGACGCCCAGCUCUGUCUCUCCCACCUCAGCUGUGUGACUCAGAGUGACCCCUCUCUGCUUUUACCCGCACAUUGUGAUGAGAUAACCGAGGCCUUCGGCUCCGGUUCUGUAGAGAGACCGUCUCAACCGAGUGAGGCCGGUCCUGCCUUCUCACCAACACAGCGGCCAGUACCGCUUCCUCGCUCCAAACCCAGCUUGCAGUCCAUAAGCAGGGAGGUGAAGGUUCAGACUUUAGUCCGGAUUAAGGACGAAGGGGACAGCCCCCAGAUCCCCCUCUCCCCAGGGGGGCUUCCCUCAGGUAAGUACCUGCAGGAGCUCUUGGAUAUUUUCUGCACAGAUGAUCAGUGUGACCAAGGCAACCACAGCAGCGAGACUGACCCUAGUGACCAGGCGGACCCCAGUGACGAGACUGACCCCAGCAACGAGACCCACCCCAGUAACCACAGUAACCAGACUGACCCCAGUAACCCCAGUAACCACAGUAACCAGACAGACCCCAGUAACCACAGUAACCACAGUAACCAGACAGACCCCAGUGACGGCGGUGAGCUGAGCGAGCAGGACGACAGCAUGAGCGUCUCUCACAGCCAGAGGAACAUAAAGGCCAAGAUCCAUGCCUUCGAGAAGCAGGCCGCUGUGGACAUGGAGGAGGAGGGGCCGCUGGUGAAGCCGGAGCCCCGCCCCCGCACGCAAUACCCCAAACCGCCUGCGGUGGCCACCAAACCUACCUUCACACCCCGGCCUUCCAGCAUGUUGGAGCUGAGCAAUGCAUCAGGGUCGAGUGUGGAAAAAAGGCAGAAGGAUGCGCUCAUCCCACCAACCCCUGCACCCAGGCCUCUGCUCCACAAAGCCCCCUCCGAAAGCGAGAUCACCCUGGAGACGCCAGCGGGGAAGGUCCCGCUCAUUCCCCCCUCGCGCCGCUCCGUAAUGGCCAGGGCCAAAACCUUCUCGGCUCUGGAGGAGGGGCCUGCCAAUACCCCACCCACGCCCCCACCUAAAAUCAAACCUAUGAUGAACAGUGUUAGCCUGACCAAUCACGAGCCUGCAGUUAUCCUGCCCCCACCCCCUCCAAAAUUCAAACCUGCCGCGGACAAUGCCAGCCUGACCAAUCACGAGCCUGCAGUUAUCCUGCCCCCACCCCCUCCAAAAUUCAAACCUGCCGCGGACCCUGUCAGCCUCACCUACCAGGCCCCUCCCCUUCCGCUCAGCAAGCCCAACAUGGAGAACGGGAAUGGGAACGUGGACAGGCCCUUCGGCCAGACCCCGAUAAAACCACAGAGGUCUGUCAAUUUUCAUCAAAAUCCUCCAAACUUGUCUCGCAAGCCCACACUGAUCCGAGUUCCCAGCAAAGUGGAUGACAAUGAGAUCCAGGAGCCCCCUCCUCUCCCGGUGCAGAAGCCCAUCGGAGGAGUGCCUCUCCCAAUCCGGAAACCUUCCCGCAUCAUCAAUAGACCCUCGUACCCACCGCCUCCGGUGGAGGCCAGUAACCCUGAGGGAUUUAGUGUGCCGAUGCCAGAGUUAUCGCUUCCACCCCGGCCCGUUGGAGGAAAGGUCGCUCCCGCUCGCCCCCCUCCUGCGAAAGCAGCACCUGGCAGGCCCCCCCGACCUGCAGCUUCAGGUCUCCCCGGCCCCGCUUUCCAGGCCGGACGGGCGGCAACACUGCCCACGAGAUCACAGAGCUCCAGGGGGCUAGUGAAGAAGGUUCCUGUUCAGCCCCCCAGACCCAGCCCAGGGCACCCUCUCUACAACAGCUACACACUGGAAAUACCACAUGCAAUAGCAGAGUUUGACUACAAUGGCAGUAACACCGGAGAGCUUUCCUUUCAGAAAAAUGAAGUUCUGGUGCUCCUUGACCAGACCGACAACAACACAUUUGAGUGCCAAGUGGGAGACGCCAAGGGCCCGGUUCAGAAGUCCUAUCUGAAGAUUAUCACUCCCCUGUCCAGUGCCUCCAGCAUGCCACAGUCCUCCCCCCAGAUCCCGCCCCCUGCAGACGCUCGGAGAGGGAGCAGUGGACUGCAGGCUCAAGCUCUGUAUGACUUUGUUCCAGAGCGCCCUGAGGAGCUGGCCCUGAAGGCGGGAGAUCUGGUGUCCAUGGUGGAGUGGGUGGACGGCGAGUGGUGCCGCGGAUGCACCCGGGGCGCCACCGGAAUGUUCCCUGUCAGCUACGUCCGAAUGCUGUCCGUCAUUCCGGCUCCACCCGGUGGACAGAAAGCACCCCCAGGACCAGCAAGCAUCAGCGGGCCCAGAUGCGUGGCUCGGUAUGAGUUUGAGGGGGACCAGAGCAACGAGCUCUCGUUCCCCGCGGGAGAGGUCAUCAGGCUCAAGGAGUACAUCGGGCAGGAAUGGGCCCGGGGCGAGCUCAACGGCUUCGUGGGGAUCUUUCCUCUCGACUAUGUCGAAGUCGUGGAGGACCUCCCACCCCCGCCACCAACGCAACAGAAUGUGCAGAUGAGGAUCCCACUUCCUGGAAUGGUGCCUGCCUCUAAGAACCAAGUGCCUGCUUCUAAGAACCAAGUGCCUGCUAGGCCCAGCCAGUUACAGCUCUCUCCUGCGGGGGCAGAGUGGUGCCGGGCGCAGUAUGACUUCACCGCGGAGACGGAUGAGGACCUGGCCUUCCAGCAGGGGGCGGUCAUCCUGAUCACGGAGCACUUGGAUGCAGAGUGGUGCCGGGGGCGUCUGGACGGUAGGGAGGGAUGCUUCCCGGUGGCUUUCGUGGAGCCCUGCCCAGCACCACCUGAAGGAUCGGAGAGCCCAGGCAGUGGGGGCGGUGGAAGAGCAAGAGCCCUGUUUGACUUUGUGUCGGAGAGCGAAGAGGAGCUUUCCAUAAAGGUCGGUGAUAUUAUAACAGGUCUGGAGUCCAUAGACGAUGAAUGGUUUCUGGGAGAACUGAACGGGAUGCAUGGCUUGGUGCCUAGAAACUACGUCCAAGUACUGAAAGAACCAUGAUGCUCUGGGCCAAAAUGAACUGAGAAUGCUACUGUGUGGGGAGGGUAUUUUGUAGUUUGGAUGAUUGGUGCCAAGAAGAAGGGCAUGGGAUAAUCAUAAAAAAUGACAAUGCAAAGGGACCCUUCUUUUCCAUGACCGUGUGCAGGAUGACUGAGCUGCCACUGUCCAAGCCAUGCCUUCCCGAAACAGUAUUUCUUUCUGCUUGAACGGAAUAUGUGGGAUCUCCUAGCCUCUCCUAUUUCAGUGUUAUUAUGCAGAACUAACAGACUGCACUCUUUUUAAUGCCAGAAGUUUUUUUUCUUUGUUUACAAAGUUUUUAUCGGAAUAUUAAAUAUUUCCAAGUGUAGUUUCUUUAUUAAAACAAAUCUCCAAAUAAAUAACACGUAUGGAUUGAAUAGGAUGGUUUGUUGAAUGUUGUGGUGUGCUGAGCGAUCUUUAAACAUUUAAUUUAGACCUCUGUAUUUGCAUUAAAAAAUUAUCCAUGACAAAAAUAACUCUUAGUGUCUUAUAAUGCAGUUUCAUACUAUGCUGUGAGAAAUUUCUCUCUCGCAAGUUUUGUUUAGAUGGAACCGUAUUCACUACAGAACAGCUGUAGUCAGACUGAACAGAUGUAUUUAUAUGGCUUAAAAACAUUGGAACCACCACAUUUUGAAUAAGCUGUUAAAAGUCCAGUUUCUGCAAUGCUCGUGCUCCCACAGUGUGCUGUGUGGUCGGGCUUUUAUCGUCACUCAGGAUGGAAGGGAUUUCAGUAGGUGGGACGUUUGGAUCAGGCUUAUCGUCACUCAGGAUGGAAGGGAUUUCAGUAGGUGGAACAUUUCGAUCUCAGGCCUCUGUGGUUAAUCUGGCACCUUCACAUGUUUCUGAGGUGUCGUAUUUGCCUUCACUAUCCUAAGAGUGACGGACACAACUGAUGUGCAGUGCCAGUAUGCACAAUAUGUCAGGUAUAAUCUACAUAUCAUCAAAAAAUAGAAUGCAUAAGGAGGAGUGAGGGCCACCUUGUGGCUGACAAUUUGCUGCUGUUAUACUUAUUUUUCACACUCAUUUUCGACUGUUCAGUCUUUAAUCACUGAGAAAUUCCUUUGAAAAUAAAUAUGAAUAUAGAUACAAAAAUUGUAAAUCUUGUUCAUUAACUCAUCUAUGCAAAUGCAGAAGUGGACGAGUGUUUGAUACAUACUGUAUUUUCAUGUUCUCACGGUGCUGCCAUGCCAACGGAAAAGGCCGACAGCACUGUGAGAGUGGAGGUCACCAAAGCCAUGUAAUUUAGACCCUUCUAACUACUUCUGCUGCUAUUAAUAAUAUCAUUUUAGACCAAGUAUAUGUGUGUAAUGCACCCUAGGGUUUUACCAACUGAAGCCUUUGCACGUCCUCCACUUACUAAUGCAGUUUGCCCGUAUAAAUCUGAUUCAUAAUCAAUUGAUCAUCAUCAAAGUAUUGCUCCUGUCAGUCAAUAAGUAAUGUAUUGCUUCUGAUAUUCCAAUUGUAAUAGAUUACUGUGCAAAGCACCAUAUAAAGGCAUUUUGAUUUAUAUCGCAAGCAGAUUUAAUCAAUUUUAAAUAUGUUUUUUGAAAGUAAGCACACUGCAAGAGUGACGCAGUUUACAUUAUAUUUUAGAUUUAUAGGUUCAACAACCUGUGCUGUAUAUACAAUAAAUAAUCACCGAAA